UCCGGCAACACCAGCUCCGUAGGGGUGGCCUUAGUUCCUCCCGCUUAUCUUCUCAGCGCCCGGCCGAGCUUUUGGAGGCCACCGCACCCCUCACCCCCGCGAGCCGCCCGGCCCCGCCCCGCCAGGAAAUCUUAAUACCUUAACUAUACUACUCCAUGCAGAAGAGAGGGGGAAGCUACAAAUACCUGUUUCAUCAAUGUAUUGAGAGAAAAUCUGCAUUUUAAAAAUAUUUUCAGUCACUUAUUUUUCAUUUUAGAUGUUUAACUUUUGAUCUGCUAUUCAGAUAUUUUAAAGUUCUGAAUACUCGUUCUAGAGCCUAGCGAAUGAAUGGCGACUGUGGAUGAUUUAAAGUUUCAAGAAUUUGAUGAUGCAGCUAACUUGUUGGCAGGAAACCCAAAUGCCACCACAAUAAGUAUUGAUGAGCCUAGUGAAAACCCCAAGAAUCAGUAUGGCCUUCUGCAAGACUCUAGGAGAGAGGAGGAUGACGAGUUACUGGGGACUGAUGACUCAGAUAAAACUGAGUUACUUGCAGGACAGAAGAAAAGUGCCCCCUUCUGGACAUUUGAAUACUACCAGACUUUCUUUGAUGUGGAUACAUACCAGGUCCUAGACAGAAUAAAAGGCUCGGUUUUCCCAAUACCAGGAAAAAACUUUGUAAGACUAUAUAUCCGCAGCAAUCCAGAUCUUUAUGGUCCUUUUUGGAUAUGUGCCACAUUAGUCUUUGCCAUUGCUAUUAGUGGUAAUCUUUCAAAUUUCUUCAUCCAUCUGGGUAAACCUGCAUACCAGUAUGUGCCUGAGUUCAGAAAAGUGUCCAUAGCUGCAACAGCUAUCUAUGCUUAUGCUUGGCUGGUUCCUCUGGCUCUCUGGGGAUUCCUUAUGUGGAGAAAUAGCAAAGUUAUGAAUAUAGUCUCCUACUCGUUUCUUGAGAUAGUGUGUGUCUAUGGCUAUUCACUCUUUAUUUAUAUUCCAACCGCUAUUUUGUGGAUUAUUCCACAAAAAGCUGUACGAUGGAUCUUGGUAAUGUUUGCUCUGUGCCUUUCGGGGUCAGUUUUAGUAAUGACAUUUUGGCCUGCUGUUAGAGACGAUAACCGAAGGAUUGCACUGGCUACUAUGGUGACGGUUGUACUUCUUCAUGCCCUGCUUGCUAUUGGUUGUUUGGCAUACUUUUUUGAUGCUCCUGACCUGAAUGUUCUUAUACCUACUGCAGCUGCUCAAAAUGGAACAAUAGUAGCAACAAAGACUCAGUAAAUAAGAUUACAACGCCUUUGUUCCCCAUCUGUACAGUAAUUUUUAUUUUAGAUAUUUUUUCACUGAAGAAAAUGGAAAUUGCAAAACUGAAAAAGAAAGAAGAGCCAGUGUAGUUACAUGACUCAUGGACAGCUAAAUGCUCAUCAGAAUGCUAGUAGACUUCUAAUACUGUUGAUUUUAUUCCUUGUACAGAGAUUUUCUUUUUUCUUAAUUUCUGCAUACCUUGCACUCAUUGCAGUGUAUGUCUCAGAAUAAAAUGCUCCAGAGGGUG